CCUUUCUUUCCUGUUUUGCCAAAAUAUGACCAAAGCAAAUAAAAACAGCAUGCUGCCUUCCCCCCAAAAGACUUGAGAUGGACGAGUCCAAGAUGGCGACGUCCAGUGCCAAGCAGACGGUGGAAGAAAAAAGCGGUCUUUUGUCUAUGGAGCUACGAGUCCCCUUCCCUUCCCAGCAGCUCGCUCUCGUUGCGUACGGAUCGCUGUUCCCAGACCCCGAGCCCAAGAAAGAGAUUGUGAAGAAGUUACGUGUGGAGGGCACAGAGCUUGUCGUACUGUUCACUGCCCCCCAGGCCCGUCUCCUGCGUGUGGCCUUCCAUUCCUUCCUUGACCACCUGGACAUGACCAUCCAGACCAUGGAGAAGUUUGGGCCAGCUGAACCACAGACCGACUAGGAACCCUGAAGACUUUCAGACCAGAGAGAAGUGACUGGUACAUGUGUCCAUUAGGACUCAACUGGUCUCAACUGAGAAGUAGGAAAAAGACUGGAAAAUUUGUGAAGAUUGAAAAAUUCGAAAACAAAUUCUAAAUUUGAAAAUUUUGAAAUUUGAAGAACCUUUCUCCAUGGUUAGAAAUCUUGACUUUUUGAUGUCAUUAGAGA